GUGACAGCAGCCUCCAAAGGACUGGGGAAAACAGACAAAUGCAGCUCCAGUGUCAGUAUAGUGGUGCAUUUUUUGAUAAAUAAAAUAUCCACAGAGAGAGUGGAGCUCUACCAGCCAGAAUUUCCCAUUGGACUAUAAACACAAGACUAUUUUUUAAUUUUUUGGAUAAUGACAUCGCGCCGGCCUAUGAUCCGUUCUUAUUCAAGCAAUGGGAGAACAGGCAGUCAAAAUGGGGACAAUGCCCCUUCACCACGUUUGGACGGCCGCAACUAUCUUUCAAGUGUCCGGCCUGAAAACAGGAGCACAUUUUGUACUGUCAUGUCUCAGCUGACAGAAGAAACCCAACCAUGUUUUGAGACUACCAUCAAGUCCAAAGCAGUCUCGGAGGAAUGCAAUGUGAAAUUCACCUGUGUGGUAACAGGUUAUCCAAUCCCUGAACUAACUUGGUAUAAAGAUGACAUGGAAUUAGACCGCUACUGUGGACUUCCCAAAUAUGAAAUUCAUCGCAAUGGAAAAACCCAUACACUCCACAUUUACAACUGUACAAUGGAUGAUGCAGCCAUCUAUCAGGCUUCAGCCAGGAACAGCAAGGGUAUUGUCUCUUGUUCUGGGGUAUUAGAGGUGGGCACCAUGAGUGAGUUCAAAAUCCACCAAAGGUUCUUUGCCAAGCUCAAACAGAAAGCUGACCUGAAAAGACGAGAGCUAGAUGAAAGUCGGCGUCAAGUAAAAGAAAAUGUUCAACAGGAACAACUGGGCAUCAACCAGGACAACGCUUUUAGGAAUACCAGGUUGCAGGUGGAACAUUCAGAAGUAGAAUCUCCUUCUGUCCAGGAUAGAGAGGACAUUGGCACACAACAUGAGAAACCAGCUGUAAAAAAGACAGAAGCUCUUAAGGAGGAGAUGAAUGGCCUUUUAGUGCAACCCCCUAUAUCUAAUGAUAGUCAGCAAAAGAACUCAGUUUUAAGUCAAGAGAAUGACAGACAAAUGAUCUCUGUUCUAUGUCGAGAGAAUGGCAAUCAGCAGCUAAGUAUGGAUGGAACUCAAGAGAAUGGUAAUCAGGAGCUUAUCCAUGUUUGUGAAAAGGCAGAAAGUGGCACAACACAGUCCAAAGCGACAGUAAUCAGAAAAAAUAUCAGGAUUUCCAAUGGUUUUGACGAGACUCUUACCACUAAGUCUAUUCAAGGUGCAGGAGGAAGAAAGGAUACACAUGAGGCAAUAAGUUUGGCAAAGUUCCUUGUUGAUUCUUCUCAAUCCCAAAGUAAUGAGGAACCUCAUAAGACAUUGGAAACAUCACAACACUCAGUUAGCACAGAUACCAGCAAAAAUCAAGCAAGAGAACAUGAGAAGGAUACAGAAAAGAUAAAAGCUGAAGAAAUGGAACGCUCACAGGAAAGAUCCCGGGAACACAAACAAGAAAGGUCGAGUAUAGAAGAGAAAGAAAGCAGAAAACGUCCUGAUUAUGAACAUAAAGCUCUAACUGCUUCUGAUGCCAAGGCACCACUCGUACACAAAGAACCUGACCAUCAGCACAAGUCUGCCCUCAGUUCAGUGUUUCACUCUCUAAAAGACAUAUUCUUUGGCAAAGGUAAAAAAGACACUGACUCAUCAAAGAAUCUCAGUGACUUGACUGCUGAAAAAGAAGAAUCUAUUACUGAUUCAGAAACACAUUUACAUAUCUCAAAAAUACAACCACGAAAACCAGAGAGUACAUCCGGAUUGGUGUCAGAGAAGAUUGUACCCAUGGAGGGAGGUCAGCAGCUUCAAAAUGGAGAGCCAUAUAUGAAUAGACAGUUAACUCAGGAUACCCCACACUUACUAGAGAUUAACACUGAGGCUGUAAGCUUAAAACCGGGUGAUAAUAGUCUUGUAUCUACUACCAAUAAUACAGAACAUCUUUCCCAAACUCUUCAUCAUGAGAGUGUUGAUACUAAAAAAGAGACCUACCAAGAUCAGGGACACUUGAAAAAAGAAGAGGAAGUAAGUUCAGAAUCUUGGACCAAGACACCCUUAUUCCCAUGUUUUGAGGCUACAGAUGACCAUAUAGAAGUUAAUAAAGAUGGGGGUGUAGUUGAUUUGCCUUGCGAGACUGUUGAACAGGAAUGUACUGCUACCAAAGAUCAAAUGACACAAGCUGGUGGAGAAAUGCAUGCUGUGAAGGAACAAGACGAUACUCCAGACUUUACACUGGAGCAAGCAGCAAACCUGCCAGGGCCAAACAGGACAGAACUGAGAGCCACUGAAAGCAAUCCUGAGGCUCAGCUUUCACAGUCCGUCAGCCAUGUAUCUUGUGUGGUGCCUAGCAAGACUGAGAACAAGAAGGAUAUAAUGGUGGAUGAGAACACAGAAUGUACCUCAGACACAAGAGACACAAGUGUGGCUCCUGUUGUAGAGAAAGCAGCAGAAAAGGACAUUCUGAAACCACAAGAGGGAUUUUCAGUCACAAAUGAAAGUAAAAACAAGAUACAUUUGGAAAAAGAAGGAGCAACUGUUUUCUUAAAGAAGUCUAUGAAAGAUGGUGUUGAGGUGUCAGGAAGUUUAAAUGAGGGAGCAUGUGAAUCUGAUUCAAAUAUUCAAGAAGAAGCUAACACAGAAAACACACAUUUUGGCAAAGACCAACCUACAAAAAGUAUAUCCACCGAUUCGUCAGUUUCUAAACAGAAAAUUCAAUCGGAAUUUGACGGUAUAGAGGCUAAUUUAGGAUUAAGGCAAAAUAAAGCAAGGAUAUAUACAAAAUCCCAGUCAGAGAGACAUGUGGAGUCCAGGGACCAAUUUGCAGUUCCUCAAAUUAUAAUUCUUCCAGACACACGAGAAACAGUCAUUAAAAAUGUAGCAAAGAUGCGAUCUACACCACCUACUCCAGAAAUAAAGGUUACAGUCCCAGAAAAAGUCAAACAUGAGGAAUCCAUCAAUGACCCUGGAACAGAUAUUCUUGUAUCAGAACAUGAGAAAGUAAUACAGCCACUAAAAGAUAAAGAAUCUCAAUCAGAGAAACCAGUUGUUAAUGCCACAAUAGCACCAAAUGAAAGCAAAAAUAACAACAUUGUCAUAAUAACAGAGUCUGUGAAUGAUACACCUGUUCAACAAGACAGAAAUGUUGAUGGCUUGCCUUCUGACCAGAGAAACCAGUCAGUAAAACCACAAAACCUGGAGGCUGUGGUGUGUAAAAAAGAUGAACCUGCCAAGAUCAGUAGUGGGUGGAGUAGAGGAAAUGGCAGCAGUAGUAUCCCUACAAUUAGUAUAGCGUGUGCUGAUGAUGUCACAUCUUCCAAUGAACAUGAAAAACCAGCCCAUGAUACAGUUCACACAGACAAUGCUAACAAAGUACAAGCGCUUUCCUCUGAGCAAAUAACACAUGUAGAAAACACUGCAGAACAAAAUAAGGAGGCAUCACCUGAUUCUUUGGCUAACAUGCUUAGAAAGGCAGUAAGUAAUUUAGACUAUGGAGUCAGUCCAGAUACAGGUGGAGCUGAGAAAGCGGCAUUGCAGAAAGGAAAUAAUAUGUCUGAGAGGGUGAACUUGACUGCAAUUCAACCAGGUUCAGUAAAAACACUUCAGAAUGUCACUUGCAUUGAUACAGACAAGGUUUGCACAGACAAGGAAAUAAAAACGGAAACCGAUGCUGACAAGCUCCAAAGGGACAAACCUGCUAUGGAGAAAUUAGGCCUAACAACUCCUGUGGGACCCACGCUUCCUCCACUCAGCCCAGCCAGUUUACGAAGGCUUAUGGCAAAGAAUAACCCCAACUUGGAAAGCCAGGGAUCUACUUCCGCUGCAUCAGGGGAUGGAUGUGAGAAGAAAGGAGAAGACAGUGGAGGCAGCACACCCACAUCCACUCUGUCUUGUGAGAGUAGCCCCAAAAUGAAGCGACGAGAUAGCCUUACCCUUAUUCCAUCUGCUACUCCAGAAGAACUAGCAUCUGGGGCUCGCAGAAAAAUUUACCUUGCUAAAACCAAGUCUGAAGAUGAGGGAUCUGAAUCCCAAAGCAAGAGAGACAGCCCAUACAUGUCACCCAGUCAGGCGCGCAGAGCAGCCUUACUACAGCUUCAGAGUGGGCAACAAACACCACCAAUGGAAAAACGUUCACCGUUGUUAGUUCGUCGGAAGGCCACACUGGAAGUGCCAAAACCCAAGGAGGAGGUCUCAGAAGAAAUAACUGGGUCAAACAUGGACAGCAAGCCAGAGGAAAAAGAGAAGCUAGACCCCUACAAAGCUCCUCAGGUAAUCCGCAAGAUUAGAGGAGAAUCCUUCUCAGAUGCCAUGAGCCACUUGAAGCUUUGGUGUCAGUUCUUCAAUGUGCUCAGUGACUCCACCAUCAAGUGGUUCAAGGAUGAAAUAGAGAUUGCAGAGAUCAAAAGAAGUGCAGGGGAUGAGAGUCAAGUGGCACUGGCCAUUGUCCAGGCCUCCAACAGAGACUGCGGUGUGUACAGCUGCACAAUCAAGAAUGAAUACGGAAAUGACACAACUGACUACUUACUCAGCUCAGAGAUAUUGGCAGAGUUCUUCCUACGGGAUGAUUUAGAAGUGGGAGAGGAGAUCGAGAUGACACCCUUGCAGUUUACCAAAGGUCUGGUGGACCCUGGCUACUGGGGUGAUAAGUUUUUUGGCCGCAUCAUGACAGAGGAGGUGCAGAUUGGUGAGGGCUGCACACACAAGACAAGCAAAGCCAAGGUCAUCUAUGGCCUGGACCCUGUCUUUGAGUCAGGAAGCACCUGCAUUGCCAAAGUCAGGAACCCUAUUGUGUAUGGAAUAAAAGAGGAAAACAGCUUGGCUUUUACAAACCUAGAGGCCACCAAACAGGAAUGUAAGAUUCAAAACACUGUUCGGGAAUACUGCAAAAUAUUUGCUGCUGAAGCCAGGGGGAUUGAAAACUUUGGUUUUCUAUUAGAAGUGAUUCCUCUUUAUUUAAUGUACCGGCCAGCCAACAAUAUUCCAUAUGCAACAGUAGAGGCAGACCUUAAAGGAGUAUUCUUAAAAUACUCACUGAUAGAUAACACUGGGAGAGUGGUCACUCAAGCCACAUCUGAAGUGGAACAAAAAUGCUGCACGUUCCAACAUUGGAUCCAUCAGUGGACUAACGGCAACCUGCUGAUCACCCGACUAGAAGGUGUAGAUGUGAAGAUUACAAACAUUCGGAUUGUCACCAAAUUGAAAGGGUAUCAGGGUCUAACAGAUGAAGGUUCUCCACACAUAUUGGAACAAUUUGUGAACCAGCAUCAGUGCAACUACUACUGUGGGCUGCUAGGCCUCAGGCCCUUGGCAUCUAUGGAUUCUCUGCAACAGACAAAAAUGAAAACAUCUAGGAGUCCUUUGCUGGCAAGGAAAGCAGGCCUAGCUGGCUCAUUAAGCCCCCAGCUACAGAAGAAAGGCUCAGUUAGUCCGCAAGCGGUCCGGAAAGGCAGCUCUAGUCCCAGAGUAGCCAAAAAGACUAGCGAAGAUGGGGAGAACAAACCUGCUACCAAACAUAAAACUGUGGAGGUCCCAAAAACUGUUAGGAUGAGGUAAAAGAAAAACAGGCAAUGCAAUUCCUUUUAUUUAGGUGACACAAAUGUUCUCUGCUUUCAAUGUUUGGAUGGACAAACAGAUGCACUUUAUUAGUUUAUCAGCUGAAUUUAUCACAGACUGAUCUGUGACAUAAUUCUGUUAAUGGCAUUUACCCAUUUAUAUCACAUGGUAAAACACAGUAAGAAAAAUCAUUACACAUUAAUACACAUUAAUAUAUGGAUUAACCCAUGGCAACAGUUAUACCAGUAUAAAUGCUGAAACAUAAUACAGAUGGCAAGUAUUUGUAAAAGUUGAUUUUAACAGAAAUUUCUAGUCAUCUUUAAUGUAUUUUUUAACAUUUAGGAAAGAGAAUCUUCCAUAAACAUCUGUUAAUAAUGUUCAGUUUAUAUAAAUUCAACUUUAUUUUAUUUGUAUAGCGCUUUGAACAAUAUGAAUUGUUGCAAAGCAGCUUUAUAGAAAAUUAUAUACAAUUUCAAAUUUGAUUUAGAUGUUAUUGGAUCUACUUUUUAUAGCAGAUUCAACUUUUAAUUGUUUUGUGUUUGAAAAUGUGGACAUAAUCCUAACAUAUUGCCAGUACAAGAGUGUUGAGAAAACCACUUUUGUUAUAUAGGUUUUAAUUUUUUGUUGUUUUUCGUUUAUUUUUAAUUUUUCAACUGAUAAUGCUUAUUUAUGCCAAAUCUUGCACACAUUCAUUUUCCACAUAAUCCACAUUAGAGUUUCAAUUUUAAUACGUAUACUUUAUGGUUUAUUUUACACAUGUAAAGGUUUACUAAUGGUAAGGUGCAAAUGCUAAAAGUUAAAUGCUUCAGUGUGAUAGAAUAAAUUUUACUUGUAUGAUAUUUAUAUUUGUAUAGUGGAGAAAGUAGCUGCAUAAUAAAAAUUGUUGUUUUGUUGUGAAGUGCCCUUGUUUUUGUAAAUUAAAAUUGUACAUUACAAAUGUUUUCUGUUUACUUUUUUACAGAUAUUUUAUAUGAAUAAUGCAAAUGUUAAGCAUACAUUAAUUCAUUUUUGCAUUCACCUGUAGUAAGUCGCUUUAUCCUGGUCAAGGUCAUAGUGGGUCAGGAGCGAAUUCAAGAACGACUAGUUACAAGGCUAGAUUACAUCCUGGACAGUAUACCAGUCCAUCACAGGAUAUAUAAUUAGGGGCAAUACAAAGAAACAAGUUCACACAAGGAAGACAUGCCAUACUCCCACCACCCAAAUUAAAGCGUAUGUGCCACCCAAUAUUCCCAAAUUCUAAGCUAAAAUCACAAACUUUAUUUUGUAAUAUUUUAUUGUUUGUAUCACAAUAAGUGCUCUAUAAAGGUAU